AUGUCUUUUUUCAAGAAACUCAAGAGCGAGUUCGAGGAGAUGUUUGGUGAUGAUGACAAGAAGAAGGAAGACAAGCCUUCGCAGCCCGCUCAGGAUGCAAAGCCCACUGAGAGCAAGCCCGAGCAGACACGCGAUGUCACUCAGCCCCAAUACUCCUCACCCGCCUCUACAAACUCAUACGCCCAACAUCAGCAACAGUCAUACCCUCCUCAGCAGUACCCUCCUCAGCAACAGCAGCCCUACGGCCAGCCCAGCCCCGGUCACUACGGACAAGCUCCUGCACCUUCAGGACCCCCUCCACCCCAGGCUGGUGGUCAGCUUCCUCCCGGCUGGGUCCAGCAGUUCGAUCAACAGAGCCAGCGCUUCUUCUACGUGAAUCAGGCUACUGGCCAGACCCAGUGGGACAUGCCUCAGCAUCCUGCCCCUCCCCAGAACCAGUAUUCCUCACCUCCUCCUCCCACUGGUGGAGCCUACGGUGGUUACCAGCCUCCUCAUGCUCAGGGCCAGUACGGUCAGCCCAUUGCUCCUUAUGGACAAGGCCCCCCUCAGGGUCAGUAUGGCGCCGCGCCUCCUCAGGGCGAUCAGUCUCGCGGACAGGCAAACUCGUUCUACGACAGUUACGGCAGUGCCAUGCCUUCUGUUCCUCCUCAGGGUCAGCAUGAUACACGUGCCAACCAGUACUAUGGCGACGUCGAGAACAAAGACAAGAAGAAGGAUGAGAAGAAGAGCAGUGGCUAUGGCGGUGCCAUUGGUGGAGCCGCAGCCGGUCUCGCUGUAGGCGCUAUCGGCGGUGCACUGAUCCAUGAUGCUCUGGACGACUCGGACGAUGAGAAGAAGCACGCUGCUGCCGCUGCACCCAGCUAUGCACCAGCUCCCACCAACUACGCUCCUGUUCCCGACCCAUCAUACGGAGGCUACGGUGCUCCUGCUCAGGAUUCCUACGGCUACAACGCCCCCGCGCCGGUCGCUCAGCCCUCUGGUUACGGCGGAUCUGCCUACGAGCCAGGUCUGUACGAUGACGCACCUCUGCCCGACGAGACUCGUUCUGGAUCGUCAGUGUCGAGCAGCGACCGCGAGAGUCUGGAGGAGAAGCGUGAAGAAUUGCGUGAGGCGCAGGAAGAGUAUGAAGAGGAGUACGCCGAGACGUACGAUGAUUAG